CGGGAAAUACAGUGACGAUCGACGACCUUCAUUAAUAAAAUCAACCAGAAACUGGCCGAACCACUCUAAGAAGACUUUUCGAUAUAAUUAUUAAAUUCUUUUAAAAUCAUCAUUUACGAUUUAUAUUUUAAAAAUUGGUUUCUCCACAGGCAAACAAUGUGAAUAAAUUGAUAUUUAAAAUGCAGAGAGGUUACAAGUUUAUCGGAUUUAUUUUCUAGUCUAUAUCGUAAAUUUAAAUAACUACAUUAAUGUUGUUAUUUAUAAAAGAUGUGUAGAUUUACUCUAUUCGUUGUAUUUUUGUUGACUGUUUUUAAAAUACAAGCAGAAAUAGUAUCGCCAUGUCCGAAAUAUUUCGUUUUUGAACCAAACAAAUCAGAGGAUGAUAGAUGGUAUGGUAUUAUUACGUUGACUAGCAGAUCAUUAGUAAAAGGUGUUACCAUAGAUCUGCAGUUUGAUAAAUCCAUUAUACAAUUAGGGAAUUUUUUCGGUCCAUUAACUUCUGAUUCAGACAACAUCAAUUUUAAAAUAACAAAUGCGAAAAAAGAAAUAAGUCCUACAAAGCCAUUGAAAGUAGAAAUUUAUGCUGUAUAUGACCCGUACUUCGAUAUCGUUCCACCAAAAUUGGUAAGAAUCAAACUGAAUGGAAGAGAAAUAUGUCCAAACUAUAUAGAGGAACCGACAAUUCUCUAUGAUGAUAUCAAUAGACCAACGAUACUAACUCAAAUCAACUUACCAACCUGUGGAACAGCCAUUGUUACGACAACUGGUCUAAUUACCCAUGGAGAAAAUACAAUAAGAGGACAGUGGCCAUGGCACGCUGCAAUUUACAAAAAAGAGGGUAAUUCAAGAAUUUACAUAUGCGGAGGAACCUUGAUUUCUGAUCAACACGUUUUAACUGCAGCUCAUUGUUCAGUUGUUGGACUAAAGCCUCGAGAUCCCAAAGAUUUGGUGAUUGUUUUAGGAAAGCAUGGUUUGUGGGUAGAUGCCGAUGGAGAGCAGACAUUUACAUUGACUAAGGUUAACGUGCAUGAACGGUUUAACAACACGCAUUUUUACAACGAUAUUGCAAUUCUUCAUUUAAAUCAACCGUCCAAAUAUACCGACUAUGUUAGGCCUAUAUGUUUGUGGGACCAAUCCAUUGCUAUAGACUCUGUGGUCGAUCAUGUUGGUACUGUUGUAGGAUGGGGAAGAGACCACGAGGAAAAUGAAUCCACUGAUCUGCUAAAGUUAGCGCAUAUGCCUGUUGUUAAUCAGCUGAAAUGUAUUUAUUCCCGUCGACAAUUUUACUCCCUUUUUCUCAAUGAAAACAAUUUUUGCGCAGGAUACAGGAAUGGUACAUCUGUUUGCAACGGAGACUCUGGAGGUGGUUUAGUUUUUCCGAAACCAGGAACAAGUGGACCGAAUACCGUAUGGGAAAUAAGAGGUAUAGUUUCAAAUACAGUACCCAAACCUGAUAAUACAUGUGAUCCUGCUUAUUACGUAAUAUUUACUGAUGUUGCAAAAUAUUUAGAUUGGAUUCAAGAUAAAACUAAAUCCUAAUAGGAAACUUACUUUUUAGACUAAUUAUUUGUUGAUUAAUGUUUUAAACUGUCUGAUAUUAUGAUAUUCAUGAAUUAUUGUGAUUAUUUAUGUUUACUUGACUUUAGAGAUGCUAAAGAUUUUAGAUAUAAUAAACAAUAGUUUUGUAAUUUUGGUUUUAUAUUUAUUUUAAAUUUACAAGUUUCUUUUAAUACAUAAUUAUACUAUAUAGCAAAAGUGGAG